AUGAUGCAAAUGAUCGACAAAUUCACUGUCGAAAUGUUGCAGCUACGAGUUCCCGGCCGGUGUAAGGAAGAUUUCGAAUUUGUUCAGCCCCUAAUGGCCAACGGUAGCCUUUUCGCAUUCGUGACGGACACAGUGCGACGAGAUCGUAUAUGGGAGAAUAUUCUCAAUGUUCAAACACUUAUACCCUCGCUGCACGGGCUCGGAGAGGAUAAAAAGUUCCUAAACCCUCUGGCAAAAAUACUCAAAAGGCUGUUUCCAGUCUCUAGGACACUAAGAAGGGCUAUGGCCGACUCUUUUAAGAAUUCAGAUGAGUCGAGUGAUGCUAUUUGUGUGCAAGAAUCAGAAUCGUCGAUACGAUAUUAUACAGGUAGCCCUACGCAGCAACUGAGCUGGGGGAUCUUCCAGCUCUUUCUGUUUGCAGGAAGGGACUUCUCUUUAUUCAUCCCUGAAACGCCAUUGAAAGAACGCGGCCGACCCACACCCGAACCUAAGGAACCUGAUCCGUACCUUUGGACAUCUCUUGCCCGGUUCGCCUCUAACUUAGGGUUUGAAAGCGAUGAGAUUUCAAGGCUACUAGCGGCUGAUCCAGACGAGACAAGGACAUCGGCAUUUUUACUUCAGGCUCGCAAGCCUCCCACUUAUACUUUCAGUAAGUCACAAUUUGAGGAAAACAAGAAGAGAAUAAUUGAGAUUCUCAAUACGGCGGAGAAAAAAACCUCUUCAUUCGCUCCGCCGACUCUAUUUGUCGAACAGAAUGGAGAGGGAAUAGAGAGGAGGUGUGGGCGGCAUUGGGAGCUCGCCUAUCAAUAUGACCAUGAUUACACAUUUUUACCCCUCUUCUGGACUGAGGAUGAAAUUAGCUAUGGACGAGGACUCUCUUCUCUAUUUGUUCGAGUCGCAGUCUAUAAGGCUUUCUUUGGCGAUCUUAUCUUUUGCGACACGGUGCCAAUACCACCAAUACCCUCUGAGACCUCUACAAUGGAUCUGGACUCAAACUUAUUUUCGCAGAGCCUGUCCAAUGAUAUUGGUGGAAGACAAAGCGAAGUCUCGAUGCUUUCGCCUAGUUUAUCGAAUGAGAAUAGUGAAGGAAGACAAGAUGAAUUUUUGGCAGAGAAAGUGAGGAUCUUGCAGCUGGAAGUGAAUAAAUUGCGGGCCGAUAACGAGGAGAGAAAUACAGCCGAAAGAAUGGCCUUAGAAGAUUCGAGAUCAGCAGACCGCCAGCUUCAGGAUUAUAAGUCCACAAACGAAUCACUCACCUCAGAAAUAACCGAACUGAAAAGUCGGCUGCACCAAAUGCAAAGCGAGCACCAAGAGUCAACGUUUCGAUUGGAAAGCCAAAACUCAGAUCUCCAGAAGCAGCUGGACCAAAGGAGUCAAGAAAGCCAAAAUCUUAGCGAGCUAUCUGUGACUCAUCGAGAUAGGGCUGUUGAACUCGAGGCCUACCUCUCGAAGACACAGUUAGCACUUGGAAACAUUACAGCUCAAGAAAUGAAAUUUCGCUUCGACAACGUUCUCGAAGAGAAUACUGAACUUCAGACCCAGCUUCAGCAGGCCCAGGAAAGCCUCAAACAGAAAACAAUGGCCGAGCAGUGUGAAUCGCAGAUGAAAGAGGAAAUUAUUCGCCUUACUGAGACAUUACUAAGCGAACUACGCUCACUAGGACAAGCAAUGACGAAGACAAGGCAACAACUCGAUAAAAGGAGAGGCGAGAUCCCACUAAUAGAUUAUGAUAAUGUAUCACUAUCUCUUAAGAAGGAAGGGCCCGGUCUUCAGCUAACAAGGGUUGAUAAUGUGAGCUUGGAAAGUAAGCUAUAUUCCGAAGCGACGUUACAUCUCCGACAAAAUGUGCAGGAGGUAUCGGAAGCCAAAGAUAUUGUUGCGAAAGAGUGGCUUCUCCUCAGUAACUGGGUUAUUACGCUUGGGGAGGCUUUUUCAACCUUGGAAUUGGGCGCACAGGAAGCCCAAAAAGCCCAAGAGCAAAACUUACGAGAAGAGCGAGAGAAGUUUCAAAGCGAAAAGAAUAAAUGGGAUAUCGAACUCCAGAAGGCAACCUCAGAUAAGGACCGUGCAUGGAAGGAGCAUAGCGACCUCGAAUCUCGGGUAAAUACGCUCUCACAGGAGGUCGAAGAAAAGCAGGCGCAAGUGAAUCUAUUCUCACAAGGGAGGGAAGCACUCCAACAGGAAAUCGUCGAUCUCAAGUCGCAGAUAUUGUUACUGAAAUCGAGUACGCACAAAUUACAUCGAGAUAAUAACAGAAAACUGAAAGCACAGAUACGAAAGCAACAGGCGGAGAUUGGGGAAACGGAGCAGGCAUUCAAGGCAAAAUCCAAGCAUUUUACUUUCCAGCCCACUCCGAAAGCUGGUAUUGAAAAAACCGUUAAAGUUCAGUUAAAGAUAACAAGAGAUCCUGGCCCUCCUAAAGAACUUGAUCUAAGCCGUGCAAAGCUCGAAGAUAUUUUGAGACGAUGUAAAAAACACGGUCUCAUCCCUUACGAUACACAAGGCAAAGCUAUGAUGCCAGAAGACGCUUGGGAUAUUAUUAGCGCUGAUAGCACUUAUACAGUUGUGCUCCAUCUGUUAGAGGAUAUUGAGAUCGAUGAAGGCUUUUGGAGGGACAGGAAGCGAAAGAAGCAAUUCCACUCGACGGAGGAUAACGAUGGUGGGGAAGUGGCAGAAGACAACCAUAGACUCCGGCUUCAAGAUACUUCGGAAAUACUGCGAUACGUCCUAAGUCGGGAUUAG